CGCAUUUGCUGACGAGAAAACGCGCUGGAGUGGCUUUGCGUGGCUGUGCACGCAUGAGAACACGCCCACUGUCGCAAUCCAAGAUCCGCAACAAGAAGGAGGACCUGAGCGACGCAACCCAAAACUCCACUUUUUUGUACUCUCGCUGCACGACCUGUGAAUUUGACAUAUCCCGUGGCUGCCAUAACCCCCUCUGAUCGCCGUCGGCUGGAUCCCGUACCGCUGAGUCCUACACUUCGCCGUCAUUGUAGCCGCUUCGAACUCAAGUCCACGCAGGUGGAUCGGUCAUCUUCUCGCCAUAUAGUUCGGUGCUAAAGACCUCUUACACGUCUGCGUGUGUCUGUCCGCACUAAAAUUGAAACGAAACUGGGUAAUCGCUAUUAUGGAGGAAGAAAUACAGUCUGGGGAGUCCUCCGGAUCCGUCGAGUCGGCCGGGUACUGGGCGGAGUGGUUCCAUUCGUUGAAGGGGAACGAGUUCUACUGCGACGUGGAUGAAGAGUACAUUCUCGAUCGGUUCAACUUGACGGGAUUGAACACCGAAGUGCAGCAUUACGCCAUGGCAUUCGACCUGAUCACCGACGCCCUGGAGGAAGACAUAGACGAGCCGAUUCGGGUGGAGGUCGAAAAGUCAGCUCGGCACUUGUACGGGCUGAUCCACGCCCGGUUCAUUCUCACCGCGCGGGGGCUGGUGAAGAUGCUGGAGAAAUUCCGAAACAACGAAUUCGGGAGAUGUCCCCGUGUGCUGUGCGAUAACCAGCCGGUCCUUCCCGUGGGGUUGUCGGACGUGCCGGGUAUCAAGUGCGUCAAGCUGUACUGCCCGAAAUGCGAAGACGUGUACAACCCAGUCUCGCGGCGCCACCUGGCUAUCGACGGCGCCCACUUUGGCACGACUUUUCCCCAUCACCUCCUCCUUGCCUACCCGACCUUCAUCCCACCAAAACCCACGAAACGAUACGUCCCGAAAAUCUUUGGGUUCAGAAUACAUCAGAUUGCCAACGAACAGCGUAAACAAGACGAGUUGAUGGAGCAGGGUAGACUAAGGCGGGGUAACAGCGAAGAUGAAGAUGAGCAACAGCAGCAGCAGCCGCCCCAGGCGCAAAAUCCACGUCAGCAAAACAAUCAUCAGCAACAGCAUCCACAACACAAUCAACAGUAGUGAAACUGGAAAACGGACACACACACGAUCAUUUCCCUUUUCUGCUGUCGGCUCCAAAUACCAAUAAUUUAUUUUAUAAACCCCGAAGACAUGCGCUCUGCUUACCGGCUCUCUGCUGCUAGUCGAUUCGCAAAAGCUUUCAACCUCGAACGUUUGCAGUAGCACCGAAACCCGAAAGCCCGAUAUUCUGCGGUACACGCCCUGAACGCAGGUAGCUUAUCGGCUCGAUUAGAAAGUCGGGCAAAUCGCACGCUGCAGGGACCCAACCACGACUCAUUCUCCGCAAAUCCGCUGGCGGACGACUUUUGCCGAUGGGAGCGCCUAUUGGGCACACGCUGCGGAGGCAUUGGUUCGCGGCGGCCCUCGUGCGUUUGCGCAAAAUAUGGCGCGUGGUGGCGUCCAGGCUUCCCCUUCUCCCUAGCUCGCUUUUAGAUAUUUGUGUACUCUAUAUCGAAAUUCUCAAAUCAAUGAAGUGUUUGAAGGC